AUGGCUUCUGCAAAGAGAAUUAUAGCUAUUUGUCAGUCUGGAGGAGGUUUUGCUACGAACGAGGAGGACGGUUCGUUGUAUUACUCUGGCGGAGAAGCUCAUGCACUGGACUUGGAUCAGAACACUCAGUUGAAGGAUUUCAAGCAAGAAUUGUCUGAGACAUUUGAGUGCAGUGUUAAUGGCAUGGCCAUCAAGUAUUUUCUCCCUGGAAACAAGAAGACCCUCAUCACUGUUUCCAAGGAUAAGGACCUCAAGCGCAUGUUCAACUUCUUUAAGGAUUUGGACCAAGUUGAAGUCUUUGUUAUUGCCGAGGAACAACCUGUUGUUGCCCGCAAUGUUUCCAACACGCCCGUCAGUAGGUCAAGCAGAACUACUGCAUCAGAGGCAGUGGUUCCCGGCCUAGCUGAUGAUUUGUUCGGUCCUCGUGAUCUUGGUGAUGUGGAGAUGGAUGACCCAAUUAAUCAGUCACCACUUGAUAGUUAUCCAUCUGGUAGCGAAGAGCAGCAUCGCCGAGCUGCCAUUCAAUGGGAGAAUCUUAUCACUGGUGUUGACCAAAGGUUUAAUAGUUUCCCUGAAUUCCGGGAAGCUCUGCAUAAAUACUCGAUUGCCCACGGAUUCAGUUACAAGUAUAAGAAGAAUGACAGCCACCGGGUAACUGUCAAAUGCAAGAUCGAAGGUUGUCCAUGGAGGGUACACGCUUCUCGGCUAGCUACUACCCAGCUCAUUUGUAUCAAGAAAAUGAAUCCUAAGCAUACUUGUGAAGGAACCUCUGUUAAAGCUGGUUACCGUGCUACGAGGGGAUGGGUAGCAAAUAUGAUCAAGGAAAAGCUUAAAGUGUCUCCCCAUUACAAGCCUAAGGACAUUGCCAUGGACAUAAAACGUGAGUAUGGCAUUCAACUCAACUACUCCCAAGCAAGGCGUGCUAAGGAGAUUGCCAGGGAGCAGCUUCAGGGAUCCCAUUCUGAGGCUUACACCCUACUACCUUUUUUUUGUGAAAAGAUAAUGGAAACAAAUCCCGGCAGUAUCGCAAAGUUCACCACAAAGGAGGACUCCACCUUCCAACGUUUAUUUGUCGCUUUCCAUGCAUCGAUAUCUGGUUUCAGAGCCUGCCGUCCGCUUAUUUUCCUGGACAGCACUCUUCUUUACUCAAAAUAUCAAGGCACGCUGUUGGCUGCGACAGCUGCAGAUGGUAAUGAUGGUGUCUUUCCCGUGGCCUUUGCUGUUGUAGAUGAAGAGACUGAUGACAGUUGGCAUUGGUUUCUCUCAGAACUUAAGUCUGCUGUUUCAACAUCCAGGCAAAUUACAUUUGUUGCAGAUUUAGAGAAAGGAAUUAGUGUGGCGUUACAAGAUAUCUUUGGUGAUGAUUGUUAUCAUGCUUAUUGCCUCCGCUAUCUCGCCAAGAAACUGAACAGGGAUUUGAAAGGGCAAUUUUCGCAUGAAGCAAGACGCCUCAUGGUCCAAGAUUUGUCAUCUGCUGCAUUUGCUCCAAAACUUGAUGCGUUUGAACGGUGUGCUGAGAACAUAAAAGCUAUCUCACCUGAAGCUUACAAUUGGGUCGUACAAAGUGAGCCAAAAAACUGGGCAAAUGCGUUUUUCCCCGGAGUGAGAUACAACCAUAUGACAUCGAACUUUGGACAAUUGUUCCACAGCUGGGUAUCUGAGGCAGAAGAAUUGCCUAUAACUCAGAUGGUUGAUGUAUUAAGAGGAAAGAUGAUGGAAAUGAUCUAUACCCGUCGCGUUGAAUCUAGUCAGUGGACAACAAGACUCUGCCCGUUGAUUGAGGAAAAGCUUCAGAGAGAGUCUUCAAAGGCUCGAUCACUGCAAGUUAUACACUCAGAAGGAAACACAUAUCAUGUUAGUGGUGAGUCUGUAGAAAUAGUUGCCAUUGAUCGUUGGGACUGUAGUUGCAAAGGAUGGCAGCUUACAGGUUUACCCUGCUGUCACGCCAUUAUCGUUUUAGAGUUGCUUCAUAGAGAUCCAUAUGAUUACUGUUUGAGUUACUUUACCACUGAAAGCUACCGUGCAACAUAUGCUGAGUCGAUUAAUCCCAUGCCAAAUGUUGAGAAACCUGCAAAAAGUGAAUUAGAGGGAGCUGCCGUUGCUGUAACCCCUCCACCAGUAAAACGUACACCGGGCAGACCGAAGGCAAAACAGACUGAUACCCUGGAUGUAAUCAAACGCCAACUGCAGUGUAGCAAAUGCAAGGGUCUGGGUCACAAUAAAAGGGCUUGCGAGCACAAUGGUAUUACAGAGAUUGAAACAACAGGGACUCAACUGUUGACGGACAUGCAAAUUGAAGAACCUGAAGGAAGUGCGUAG